AUGCGGUCGCAGGCCUUCUACCUGGCUUCGAAGGAGGCUCCCCAGAAUCCGCAGGUAAAGGCCACCCGCAAGACUGGCCUGGCCAACUGUCGGGUCCUGUCAAGCAAGACUCCUGACGACGUGCUGGUGUCGUUCUUGCGCGACUUGAACAACCGGUUCCACGAGGGAGGACGCAUCAGCUUUCUGGAGCAAGUGGAGGAGGUUCAGCACGUGGAAGAUGCAGGGGCCUUGGCCCAGCUGUCUGUGACAGUUCGUUUGUCAGCGUGGACAGCCUACAUGGAACGGCGGGGCUUCACAAAUCGAAACGUGGAGAAUGUCCGAGACGAGUUUGGCAGAUGGCUCCAGUCAUCCGAAUACAAGGAGAAGUACGGUCCUGAGUCUUACAAGUUUGCGAAGGCGCUGAAGAACAAACUCCGGCACUUCCGCAUCUUCGAGUCUUGGGUGGACUUUUUCAGUCGAGAGGCGGAUUUCCUGUCUCCAGACAUGAGCAAGCCUGAAGUCAUUGUGCGGAACAUGAACACCUUUGGCGCCUGCAUUGAAAUGUUUUCUGGGUCCUAUGCGCCGGAAGAGCUGGGAUAUGUCCUUAUGGAGCUUUCCAAGUUCUGCGCCGCGCCCCCAGUGCCGCUCUACGUCUUCAACCGAGGGAGUGAGUCACAGCUCAUGGCGCAGGCGCAGGAAAAGCUGAACUGCAUCGUGGCCGGCGCCAUCUUUGUGCGCAAGAUUGCCCCUGGCAAGCCUGCUCGGAAGAACGCGGCUGCAGCUGAUGGAGAGGAGGAGCAAGCUGCAGAUCUUGAGGCUGACAUUGUGAUGCCAAUGACUGGUCUACAGCCCCGCCUCAUCAUUGCCAGCGCCAUCUCCCUUGCGCUGCGGUUCGCCUUUGGCAAUGGCAUCACCAUCAAUAACAAGUUCAUGAAGGUGCGGCCCAUGCUGCAGUCAUUGGCGCGAGGCGCCAUUGCUCAGGAAUCGUCUUCCCUUCCGGGUGGAGGGGUGGAUGACAUUUUCGCCAAGCUGCUGCGAGAGUCCCAAGCGCAGGAGCUGGCUGCUGCUUCCGGGCGUGCGGCUGCGGCUGGCACCGCAUCGUCAGACGGCUGCUCAAAGCCCUCCAACAAGGGUCGCCAGCCUACAGCGUCCGAUGAUGCAGGCCAGCCUUCAUUCGCGGAUAUCUACAGCCUGUGCGAUGUCAAGCCCGAUGCUGCUGCGGCGGACCCGGCCCUAGCAGCUACAGCUGUAUCUGGCUCUGGCAAAAUGCGUGUCAUCGACAUCAUGCAUAUUCAGAGGCAGAUCGAGAACUUCUUCUUGGCAAAAGUUGCGUGCGGCACUCAGGCCGGCCCAACAUGGCUGUUGGAGCUGCUGCAGGCAGACACGAAGGGAACGUUGACGGUUUUGGCGGUGGACAAGCUGUUCAACCAACAUGAGAGUGGCGCACUUGAGAGAAUGCUCCACCCCGAUGCUGCGAGUGAACGGCGACUGCACGUGUGCGGGUCAGUCACCACCGAAGCGUCGUGGAAGAACUUCAAGGUCGCGGAUGCAGUCUUCCCCAACGGGCUUGUCAUAUCCUACUACAUGCAUGGCGAUGGCUGGAACAAGCAGACCUCGCUCUUGCCACACCCGUUCUGGAUGAUGAAGAAUGGGUUUGAGGCGCAGAAGGCAUGCUGUUUGUCCAGCACGGAGACCAUCAGCAAGACAUUCCAAGACACGUGCCUUGGACCUGGGACUCCUGGACCCACAAGGAAGGAUAGAAAUGUUAGUCCCGCAGUCUGGUUGUUUGACAUAUUCAUUCAUUGCCAAAUUAACAUGACGUGGCCUCAUAGCCGCCCUUGUUGUGGAGAGCCCCCCUCCGCACACAAACGGAGGAGUGGCCCGCCAGAGGGUGGGGGGUGGGGGCCCGGGUGGGGGGGCCCGGUGGGGGUGUGGAGGGUGCCCCUCCCAGCUGUCCAAGGCAAGGCGCCGACGUGA